AUGUCAGAUUUACUAAGCUAUUCAAUAAUGUAUAAUCCUAGGAGGGUGAUGUUACCUCCCCUUAUGGGAAUAAACGGAACACCGUCGAUUGCAAAACGACACACUGGGUCAAAUAUACCGGUAACACUUCCUCCAUUAAGCAAUCUAUGCUUGACUGAACAUAAUUUAAAGAAUCUUGGAGUCAAUAACGAUGACAAUAGCCAGUGGAAGAAUGCUCUCCUGUCAGCUCUGGCAGCACUGACUCUGUGGGGCUCAUUGGCUUCGGCCUGUUCAUCAAGCUCUGAAACAUCGGGAGAAGAACUGCCAAUAAGUUCCCCUCUGCUGGUUAUAGGGACGAGUUCUCCUCCUGAAAGUGACUUAGACUUUGAGCAGCAUGAGAAUCAUAAGCACGUACAAUCCAAGAGAAGGCAGCGUCUUGGACCAUCCUGCGAUGCAUGUCGUUCGAGAAAAGUUAAAUGCACUGCAGAAGUCACUGUAGUAGCUCGUUCUUUACAGCUUGAACAGCAAACCAUUGAGGGUAUCACAGAUGAUCAUCUCAAAAGGUUAGUUUGGAAUAAAGAGACUGUGGAAUUGGACGAUGGUGCCCAGUUGGUGAUAGCGAAUGACAAGAUAAUCAAAUUCAAGGGAUGCAAGUCAUGCCGUGCAAAAGGUUUGGAGUGUCAUUUUUCUAAAGGUUAUACCAAGGAAGACAUGAUGGGUCACAAAAAAAUAUGUGCCCCGGUUGCUAAAGUUGUAGCUCCGGAUUUAAAACAAAACAAAGUGUCAAAGAAGAAGCAUACUGGGACGACAGGUUCAAAUUCCAGGAAGAGUUCUUGUGUUGCAUGUAGAAGAAGAAAGGUGAGAUGUUCGUUCAACAAGUUAUUGAAUAAGUGCGAAGGAUGUUACAAAAAAAAUUAUGACUGCGAGUAUGAUCAUGGAGAGUGA